AUGGCGCAGCUUCAGCCCUCGGAGAAUGAGCUAUUUGAGAGAUUGAGCUCAUAUCCUUUCAGUACGGAUCGUGAAUUUGCAGUUGGGCUUUCCAUCAUCCUAGGCCAUCCGGAAUCACCUGCGUCGGAAGAGGAAAUCAAUCGCAAUGAUGACCUUACCCUACAAGCUAAAUGCUUCUACUUCUCAAGGAAAGAAAAGCUCAUGCCACCACUCGAGUUCUCAGCAUACAAAGCAUGGCUGGAAUCAGCAUCAAAAGUCAAGUCCGCCGACCUUUCAUCACCAAGCCCUACAGUGAACGUUCCCAAUUCUAAAGAGGAGCCUGCAUAUCCUUCAUCCUUCGCUCAUAUAGUGGAACUCAUCACAACCGGUCAACCCAUUCCCGGAAUUCAACAAAUUCCAGACACCGUCUUGACAGGCCAUGACACUCCAAGCGAGAAGCCAGAAAGGCGGAAACCAUGGGAAAAAGGAACAGCUAGUCAAUGA